AUGCAUGCCUCCGAGUCCGAUCGAUGUCGCAGACUGGUCAAUCCUGACCAGAGGGGUGGAUUCGGACUGCGCAAUCUGGUCGCGUCUGCAACAGUCCAGAAUGAGUCCAUGGAUCAGAGGCAAGUUGAGAGGGCCCAGAAGAAGCUCGACAGUGAGUAUGCAGGCAAGGGGAUGCGUGCAAGCCUCAUCUAUGAAGUCUUCAGGAAGACACCGCAGCCAGAUGGGGCGAAAGCGCCUUCUCGCAAAACGUGGGAGAAGGUGCAACUUCGAGAGCCCGAUGCUGAGCUUGACACGCUCUGGGCUCCCGAGCGGUGCAACUGCCAUUGCGGCUGCCGCGCCGAGCUGGGCGAUGGCGAGGGGAGCCGCUGCAAGGACUGUCGCUCUCAAGGGCCAAGGCACCGGCGUUUGAAGCAGAGCCAAGCAGAGCAGAGUGUCGUGCUCGGCCGCUUUUGGAGAGUCCAAUCUCAAUCCUGCUGGGAUCCCAGUACUAGUGCGGCACAGGCGUCGGUGGUGAGCAGUCUGGGACAAGGCUGGCUGCUGUUGCACGAGCUUGCUUUGCAUAGAAAGUGA